UCUGUUCAAUCAGCAGCAACAAUCAAUCCAAGAUGUUCAAGUUUUUCGCUCUGUGCCUGUUCGCCCUGUUGGCCGUUGCCUUCGCAAAGCCGCAGUUCCUGACCGCCUACAGUGCGGCCUCGCCCGUGGUGGCCGCCACGCCCUACGCCUACUCGAGCGGCCUCUACGCCCCCCCGUACAGUGCGGCCUACACCAGCGGAGUCUACGCCUCGCCCUACACCUACGGAGCCUACCCCUACAGCUCCCUCUACCUCAGGCGCUAAUUCCCCCUCUCCGAGUGAUCACUGUACUCCGAUGAUUGCCGACAACGACGACGACGACGACGACCUAAUGAACAAAUAAACCUGAUAAAACAGAUAAAGAUUCGCAUACCAAAGGCCAGCUAUUUGCUGUCAUUUGCUUUGAGCAACUGCAGAUUAAAAGGGGCUCAAAAUAAAAGGGGCGGGCCAAGAAUGCACACUCAAACAAACAACCUAGUAAAAAUAUUGCACCUUAAAAACUUAAAAAAAAUGUUAAAAUAAAUAUAAACUUUGAAAACUGUUAA